CAACAACUACACAUGCAAGGACAGCUAUUUCCCAACUUAUUAUUUUCAUUCUGUUCUGCAAACAGGUUAUGGGAGAAAAAAAAGAACUCUAAAGCUAUCCGACUUCCUGAAGAUUGAUAUAUUUUUGUGUCCUGAAGUAUUAUAUUAGUACAAUAGAUUUCCAU